CUUCCCAUAUUAUUACAAUUACCGGUCUACAUUCUAAAAUAUUAGAAUUAAAGGUCAAAAGCCAAUGAUUAUAUCUACCAUUAACGAUCAUUCCAAACGAUAGGUGAAAAAAUUACUUAAUAAAUUCUUUAAAACCAACAUAAAUAAAAUAAACAUACUGAAAUUGAAAACCUAAUAUCAACCUGUAACACGUCGUACUACGUAAAAAAAAGGUCAAAAACAAAUGAUUAUGUAUCGGUUAAACUUAAAAAAUUAAACGUCAGAAUUUAUGUCAUUAUUUGGGGAGGGGGCAGAGUUAAAAUUUUCGCGCUUUUCAUAUUUCGAUUUAUUUUGAUUUGUUUUAAUCAAAAUUAACAAUGGAAGAAGACGAAGGCGAAGAAGAAGCAAUUUCCGAAGGACCUAAACCUGCAAAGGAUAAAAAAGGAAAGAAGGAUAAAAAGAAGUUUGAUCCAUUAGCUGAUCAAGAAAUAAAAUUUAAAAAGGUCGAUUUUGAGCACGCAUUAACACCGGAAGAAAAGGCCGCAAGGAAAAAAGAGAAAGAGGAUAAAAAGAAAGGAAAAGGGAAGCAUAAAGAACCUAAGAAAGCACCUGAAGGUGCAGAAGGUGGAAAUGAAGAAAUGGGAGGAGGAGAUACUCAAGAAGAAAAAUCGGAGGAGCAGAAAACCGAUAAGACGGCAGAGGGUGAGGAGGCCGAAGGAAUCGAACAGGAACCACAAGGCAAGAAGAAAGGCGCUAAGAAAGAAAAAUCUAAAAAGGAGACAGAAGAAAAAAAGGACAAAAAAGAAAAGAAAGAGAAAGAUGUUAUCAAAAUAUUAACAAACGUAUACCUGUUGUCUAUACAAGUGCAAGCGGAAGUUCCCGAAAAGGGCAAAAAGAAAGAUAAAGAAAAACCCGCUGUAGAUAAAGAUGAAAAGGAAACGCGCGAAGAAGAGGAAGAGGAGGAGAUUGAGGAGGAAGAAGAAAAAAUAAAAAAGGAGAAAGAAAAGCCGGUAACAGAUACAGCAAAGAAAGGUAAGGAAAAGGUAAAAGAGAAAGAAGAAGUCCCAAGCGAAAAGAAGAAGGGAAAGGAAAAAGACAAAGGUGAAGAAAGCAAAAAACAAAAAGGAAAGAAAAAGUCUGCAAAAGAAGCUGCAAAAAGCGAAAGCAAAGUAGAAUCGGAAACUGUAGAGACAAAAGAGGAAGGUUCAACAACGGGCAAAGGUAAAAAAGGCAAAGAAAAGAAAAAGGGAAAGAAAGGGAAAAAAACAGUCGAAGAAAUUAACGUAGAAGAAGAAGAAACUGUAAAAACGGAAACCAUUAAGAAAAUGCCAUCAGACGACGAGUGGAGUUGGUACUCGUGCUCUUGUUCCGAAGGAGCCGAAGAAGAGCAAGUCGAAGAAGAAGAGGUCGUUACCAAAAAGGGUAAAAAAGGAAAAAAAGAUAAAAAGGCCAAAAAGGAUAAAUCGAAAAAAGCAAAAAAAGAAGAAGAGGAAGAACAGAAAAAAGAAGAAGAGCCACCUCCUGAAGACGAUAUCUUUGCGGAAUUAAAAAAAAUGCAAGCGGCAGCUCUUGGACAAGCUGAAGAAGCUGCUGAGGAAACUACUGUUGUAAAAAAAGAAAAACCAAAAAAACCGAAGAAGGAAAAGAAACCAAAAGAACCCAAAAAGAAAGUAGUCAUGACCGAAGCAAUGAGGAGACAAAUGGAAGAGGAGGCUAAACGGUUGGCUGAGGAAGAGCGUAUAAGAGCAGAGGAGGAAAGAAAGAGAAUGAUAGAAAAAGAAAAAAAAGAGCAAGUCGAUCACAUUUUAAGAAUGGAACAACUGGAAAAUUCUAUUUUACUUAGACAGCAAAUCAUUGAAAAUAACUAUCAGUUAUUUUUAAUUGUAAAAGAAGAAUCUGAAUGGGACCACUUUAUUCGUUGCGAUGGUUUGCCUUACCCUAUAAACGUAGGGGACAUGAACACGUACAUAGAUUUGUGGAACAGAUACAUGAAGAAGACGGACAUUAAAAUUGCUACACAAAGAACGAAAGAUGUGCUGAAAAUUUUAGAUUUCUUAACGGAGUACAUCGAAAUGCCCUUGGAUGCAACUCCUGAAAAAAUCGAAGACUGGAAAUGGGUACGUCGACAAUGUAUCGAAAACCAGCAACGAAAUGUGGACAGUUUGACUUGUUAUAUUUUGAGCUAUGUUAAAGAGAGAAUGCGCAGAAUUUCUAUACCAGUAGCGGAAUUUAAUUUGGAACAGCCCCAAUUUACCCUUUGCCUUUAUACUUUCGUAGCUCUUCCUCAACCCAUAAUAAAUCCAAGAAGACCGCCUGCUAAAAGGGUGGAAGUUACCUUCGCUGCAACGAAAGUUGAAGUCGUGUUUCCAGAAGACCUCAACUGUUAUCUUUUAUCGAUAAGAUCGAUGUACUUAAGAUACGAUCAUUUGACCGAAACGAGCAGAACUUUUUCAGAGCCCGAACCGCCCGAUAUUUUCAAAAAAGAUUUAAAAGAAACUACUUUUUUGGAAUUCUAUCAUAAACUGUAUUACAAAUACAUAAACCGUAUCAUACCUCCGCCGAAACCGCUGGAGGAAGGUGAAGAGCCCCCUCCCGAGCCAGAGGUCGACAUCGAACAGGGGCUUGUUCCCACUGUACCUUACCAAAAAUUGGAACCUACUGCUAGCGAGUAUUUUGUUUCCGUUGAAGACGAGAUGUAUUCGGAAACCGUUCCAUCCUUGACAACAAUAACGGCCCCAAGGGAAAUUAAUUUAAGAAAAUUCUCAAUCAUAGGCGGUAUUUACUUCCUGAACUUGUUCCACCAACCUCCACAACCGAAAAUCUUGCCGAAUUUAGAAAUAGUCGUGAGAGUGUUGAAGGAUCCGAACUGUCUAAAAGAAUAUCCGUUUUACGUGGAGUACAUUCCUCCUCCUACCCCAGGUCCUGGCGUUAUAAGAUCACCAGAAGAGAUAGAAGAAGAAAUGAAAGAGCAAGAAGAAAAAAUGGACAAACUGAUAUUCGUUAGCAUCGAUUUGCCCAUGCACGUUUUGUGGCUGGAUCCUCCAACCGUUUGUCGAUGGAAUUACAAGGAAAAACUGUGGACAACGGAAGACGUUCACGAUGUAAAAUAUAUUGAGGAAAAAUAUUCCAUUUCGUUUCGUACCGGUAGAUUUGGCACGUUCGGACUAGCCCUCAACAGAUACGUUAACCUUCCGUACCAAACAUGGGAAAUAAAACCUGAACGCAACGGCACCGUUUCGUUGCAAAUAACAGCGGCUGUAUUAUUCAUUGAAUUCAAUGUAAAUGGUAAAUUAAUUUGUAUAUCGAAGUUACAAAACAGCCCGACAUCGGCAAUGAAGGAGCACAUCGGAGAAUAUUACAAACUAACAAAAUUAAUGAGAAUUAUGAAAGAAGGCGGUAUAGACAUUUUUCCUGGGCACGACGCUUUUUUUUACGUUGAAGGGGGACAUUGCCGAAAACACUGGCCUACAGAGGAGCAUUUGUAUUACAAUGUCGCUGAAAUAGCCGGUUGUUUUAACGUAGCCUGGUCUAGAUGGAACAUGGUUUCAGGAAGGAGAAACAUAAUUUUUCAGUUAAGGGAUUACGACGUCGAAAAAACGAAACAGGUACCGUACAAUUUGGUACUGGUCAAUCCUCUGAAUGCAAUUUACAUCGACUGCACCGAAGUUAGUCCUACAUUAAACCUUGAACCGAUCGAAGGGAUGAAGUUUUAUAGCGACCUAUUCUUUCUUAUAAGAGGAACUUCUCGAAUGAACACCAGAACAAAAGUGCAAAAUACUCCUUUGGAUAUGGUAUGCGCAUUAGCAGAGUUACUGGUAAAAACGCGAGUUUUCAGUUGGGCAGGGUACUUCCCAAUUCAAUUGUUUACCCAUGGCGAUCAUUUCACCCUGAGUAACGGCAGUUACGUUAUGACUGCUGCAGUUGUAGAAAUUCACAUCCAGUUUUUCGUCGAGUUUUCUGAAAGACCUAAACCUGCAAAGGAUAAAAAAGGAAAGAAGGAUAAAAAGAAGUUUGAUCCAUUAGCUGAUCAAGAAAUAAAAUUUAAAAAGGUCGAUUUUGAGCACGCAUUAACACCGGAAGAAAAGGCCGCAAGGAAAAAAGAGAAAGAGGAUAAAAAGAAAGGAAAAGGGAAGCAUAAAGAACCUAAGAAAGCACCUGAAGGUGCAGAAGGUGCAGAGGGUGAGGAGGCCGAAGGAAUCGAACAGGAACCACAAGGCAAGAAGAAAGGCGCUAAGAAAGAAAAAUCUAAAAAGGAGACAGAAGAAAAAAAGGACAAAAAAGAAAAGAAAGAGAAAGUGCAAGCGGAAGUUCCCGAAAAGGGCAAAAAGAAAGAUAAAGAAAAACCCGCUGUAGAUAAAGAUGAAAAGGAAACGCGCGAAGAAGAGGAAGAGGAGGAGAUUGAGGAGGAAGAAGAAAAAAUAAAAAAGGAGAAAGAAAAGCCGGUAACAGAUACAGCAAAGAAAGGUAAGGAAAAGGUAAAAGAGAAAGAAGAAGUCCCAAGCGAAAAGAAGAAGGGAAAGGAAAAAGACAAAGGUGAAGAAAGCAAAAAACAAAAAGGAAAGAAAAAGUCUGCAAAAGAAGCUGCAAAAAGCGAAAGCAAAGUAGAAUCGGAAACUGUAGAGACAAAAGAGGAAGGUUCAACAACGGGCAAAGGUAAAAAAGGCAAAGAAAAGAAAAAGGGAAAGAAAGGGAAAAAAACAGUCGAAGAAAUUAACGUAGAAGAAGAAGAAACUGUAAAAACGGAAACCAUUAAGAAAAUGCCAUCAGACGACGAGUGGAUGAAGGAUCCGAACUGUCUAAAAGAAUAUCCGUUUUACGUGGAGUACAUUCCUCCUCCUACCCCAGGUCCUGGCGUUAUAAGAUCACCAGAAGAGAUAGAAGAAGAAAUGAAAGAGCAAGAAGAAAAAAUGGACAAACUGAUAUUCGUUAGCAUCGAUUUGCCCAUGCACGUUUUGUGGCUGGAUCCUCCAACCGUUUGUCGAUGGAAUUACAAGGAAAAACUGUGGACAACGGAAGACGUUCACGAUGUAAAAUAUAUUGAGGAAAAAUAUUCCAUUUCGUUUCGUACCGGUAGAUUUGGCACGUUCGGACUAGCCCUCAACAGAUACGUUAACCUUCCGUACCAAACAUGGGAAAUAAAACCUGAACGCAACGGCACCGUUUCGUUGCAAAUAACAGCGGCUGUAUUAUUCAUUGAAUUCAAUGUAAAUGGUAAAUUAAUUUGUAUAUCGAAGUUACAAAACAGCCCGACAUCGGCAAUGAAGGAGCACAUCGGAGAAUAUUACAAACUAACAAAAUUAAUGAGAAUUAUGAAAGAAGGCGGUAUAGACAUUUUUCCUGGGCACGACGCUUUUUUUUACGUUGAAGGGGGACAUUGCCGAAAACACUGGCCUACAGAGGAGCAUUUGUAUUACAAUGUCGCUGAAAUAGCCGGUUGUUUUAACGUAGCCUGGUCUAGAUGGAACAUGGUUUCAGGAAGGAGAAACAUAAUUUUUCAGUUAAGGGAUUACGACGUCGAAAAAACGAAACAGGUACCGUACAAUUUGGUACUGGUCAAUCCUCUGAAUGCAAUUUACAUCGACUGCACCGAAGUUAGUCCUACAUUAAACCUUGAACCGAUCGAAGGGAUGAAGUUUUAUAGCGACCUAUUCUUUCUUAUAAGAGGAACUUCUCGAAUGAACACCAGAACAAAAGUGCAAAAUACUCCUUUGGAUAUGGUAUGCGCAUUAGCAGAGUUACUGGUAAAAACGCGAGUUUUCAGUUGGGCAUAAUCACAAGUAAUCUGUAACUAUCGUACGAUAUGUAUGUAAUACGUGUAUCAGCUAUUAAGAAAUAAAUAAAGUAGUAAAAUUACAUUCUACGGAAGAGU